CGCGUAAAACGACGUUUAGUUAGGAAAGUAACUAGAACGCCAGUGCAUUGCUCCGCAAAGUUCGAGAAUAUUUCGAAACCGGUGUCACCCUGAGAAUUCGUUCCAAAUGGAUCCACCUUGCGAAAUCCGCGUCUAGAACUUGCAAAUUGGAAUACGGGCCAUAAGGUAUCCGUUUAGAAACUUCAUUAGUAAAUAAAUGUUAAUUGGUUGAUUCUGCUUUCAAUUUUUUGUGCAGGUAGUGUCCGCCGCUUUGAGUAGGCCACUUCAUGAACUAGAAUUGUACCAUCUGCCACAGGCAACCUUGAUGACUUUUGAAAGUGUUCGCUGAAACACCCUGUAUACAUUUAUAUAGGAACAGUCUUUUGUGUAGACGUAUGUAUACGAUCGCAUCGUCGAUAUUCGCGUGAUACUUUCUCGAACCACAGUCAGUGAUAUUAAGCUCGAGCUGCUGUCGAACCCUACCUUUCUUACGUUAUUUCGCUCAGCCUGUUGCAUAUUAUAACUCCUUUCCCUUUUCUUCCGCUUCAAGCAGAGCGAAGAACCCUAUCGGAAAGGCCCGAACACCGACUCUCGAAAUGAGCGCCGAAGUUAAUGCGGGAACUCCGGCUCAAACGCCCGACGACUGCAGCCCCGAGAUACCCGACCUUUGUCAACCCGCAUUUCUCGUGGAAUGCAGCACCGGGGACACAACUGGACAGGAGAGUAGCAAGUCCGUCGAUGACGUCGACGUCGUCAGCAACAGCGCACCCGGUUGGCGUCGUGCCUUCGGCGCUUUACUGGUCGUCAGGCUCGAGAUAUACCUGGCGCUCUACGUAGUGGCUCGAAAGAUGAGCACCACAGUAGUCCAGGACUUGCUCCUCCGGAAGUCCUGCCUCAACACGCUCUCCCUCAACUCCAGCGUCUGCUCCCAUCUGGACGACUUCGAGGACGUCAAGGACAAGGCCGAACAGUACGCCAGCACGACGAGCAUGAUCCGUUCCGUCGUGCACCUGGCACCCUCGGCUGUCAUGGCCAUCUUCGUCGGGCCCUGGUGCGACAAGUACGGCUACCGGACACCGCUGGUGACCGCCACGGUGGGUUUCAUGGCCACCACGCUGCUGGACAUUUUCACCGUGUACCAGAUGGCGAUGCCGCUCUACGCGAACAUCCUGUCCAUGGUUCCGGACGGAUUGUGCGGAGGUCGCAUCAGCAUCUUCACGGCCGUCUGCAGCGCGGCAACUUUGUCGACGAGGGAGAACCGCAGGCGCAUGAGGUUCUUCGCGCUCAGCAUAGUAAUGUCGCUGGGCGGUCCCCUGGGCAGCUACGUCGGCGGCCAGGUGUACGGCCACUUCGGCUGGAUGCCCGUGCUGUACACGUCUUUCGCGCUUGAGUCGUUCGCGCUCGUAUGGACCUUCGUCGCCAUCAAGAACCUCGCGAAACCAGAGCACGCGAAGGACGGGCUGUCGCUAAGGUUGAAGAAUUUCUUCCAGCUGCAGAACCUGACCGAGAGCUUCAGAAAUGCGAUGACAGCCAGGCCCAACAGGGGACGGCUGCAGCUGUGGUGUCUCUUCGGGGUCACCUCCUGCGUCUUAUUUGACAUGUCGUCCUCGGGAAUCGCGUACUUCUACGUGCGCAAGAUGUACUCCUGGACGGUGGCCUACUACUCGACGGUGCAGUCCGUGUCCACCGUGGUGAGCGUGGUCCUGAACGUGCCCAUCGUCUUCCUCUUCGUGAAGGUCCUCAAGAUCAGCGACCCCGCCAUGGCGCUCGUCGGCUGCUGCUUCGCGGCUGCGCAGAUGGCCAUACUGGGACUCGCCUACGAAGAAUGGCUGUACUACCUGCAAUGCCUCGUGGGACUUCCCACUUUCCUCGGCCAGGUGGGCGUGAGGACCCAUCUCUCCAAGCUGGUGGCGCCUGACGAAGUCGGGAAGGUGUUUUCGCUAAUGACCUCGUUCGAAAUCGUGGUGCCAAUCAUCGGCGAGGUGCUGUUCACCACUAUAUUCAACCAGUCCAUCGGAUUUUUCCCGGGAAUGCCUUAUCUGGUGGCCGCCGGAAUCAGCUGCAUCGCCGUCGGCCUCACUGCGUACGUCACCAAAGUUCACCGGUACAGCAUAAACUACCAGGACAUGUCCAAGUCAGAGAUAUCCCCUGGGCCGAUCAACGACUGAAGCAUCAGCCAACCUGCGCACUGACAGACAACUCCAGACAGAUGCACACAGGCGCUUGGCAGCAACUAGCAUUAAGUGUGCAAGUGCUUGCAGUGUUCCUUCGUUGCCUUCUUUUGGCAAACCAAAAGGACUUGAGCGAUGGCCUCUACAUGAACUACCACAUCAGCAGGCGCAUUACUGCCACUGACCCUUGAGGCUCGCAUAUACUGCUGCCCCGUGGAGACAGCUAUCUAAUUCUUUUACAAGGGCCUUUGCACUUACAAGUCAUGACUUCAAGCUUACUGUGAAG